AGAGAAACGUCACAAAAUAUCAAUACAGUGAUAAUUUUUGAAGGCGAUUUUCUUUGGGUGAAAAAUCAAGGAAAACUUGCGAAAAAUUAAUAGAAAAUGUCUGCAGGAGAUAGCUUGGCACCAGGUGCAGGGGCAACCAAUGGUGGGGAAGAUGGUAUUGUUGGUGGUCCCCGGACCCCACAGCAAAUAGCCGCCCAGAAAAGAUUGCAACAAACCCAGGCCCAGGUUGACGAAGUUGUUGAUAUCAUGAAGACAAACGUUGAAAAGGUUUUGGAGAGAGACACAAAAUUAUCGGAACUUGACGAUAGAGCAGAUGCUCUACAGCAAGGGGCUUCACAAUUCGAGCAGCAGGCUGGAAAAUUAAAAAGAAAAUUUUGGCUGCAAAAUUUGAAGAUGAUGAUAAUCAUGGGUGUCAUUGGAUUGGUUAUUCUUAUCAUCAUAGUCAUGAAAUUCAUGCCGGAUGAGAAGCCUCCCAUGCAGUAUGCCCCAAUGCCACCCCAAAUGUUGCCGCCACCCGCCCCUGCCCCUGCCGCAGGGGCGGCUCCAGCUCCAGCUGCCCAAGUUGGGGGUUAAAAAAAUUUGGAAUUAAAAGAACAUUUUUGUUGUGGCAGAUUUUUGUUUCUUUUGUUAUUAGUAUACUAUAGGGCUGCCAUUUUCUCAAAAAAACAUUUCAUUAAAAACACCAUAAUAAACUAUAUAAACAAUAAUUAUGUGAAAUGUGUGUACAUGUAAACAAAUUUUCUAUAUGAAAAAAAAACAAUAACAAUUAUUAGAAAAUAGUUUAAAAUUAUAGGUUAUGUCAAAAAAAAUCCAAAAAAACACAUAAUUUGUUUAUUAUUUGAUACAUGCUAUAACAUCGAAUUUUUAGGGUUUGUUUUUUCUGAAACAUCCUGUAUUAAAUUAAAUGUUUUGCUAAUACUCAAAACCACAAAAUGUAGAUAUAUCAUCAUUAUGAUAAAAAAAGCUUUACCUAAAUAAAUAAAAAUGUUGUGUGUCUACCUUAUUUAAAUUUUAAAUGUUAGAUAGACUAAAAUAUGCUUAAUUUUUAAAUAUGUUAAUAUAAAU